AUGAGACAACAUUUAAGUAGGGUUCGAGUAGAUUUUCCAAAUAAACUAAAACAGUUAUGGCAUUCUGAACCCGGAAAACGGCCAACUUCUAGCAAAUUGUAUGACGUUUUGUUUAGGUGGAACAACGAAAUUAUAAGUAAAAAGAAAACAAAGUUUUAUCAGCAAUUUAAAGAAAUAGAGAAAGGGAAAUUUAAUAAAAAACAACUUUCCAUUUCAACUAAUUUGAUCUAUCGAGUUCAUUCCCGAGCAAUUUACACCAGUCGCUUAUUAGACUUCAAAAAUCUUCCCGAGCCGCAAAACAGUAAAGAAAUUAAUGAUUUAUUCUAUCGAACCAAACAGUUUGAUUUAGAUAUUGUUUCCACCGAAGAAAUUAAUGAAUUUAAUAGAGAACAAACCGAGCAACGAUUACAAGCUCAAAUCCAAAUUCCUCCUAAAAACAAAUUUGAAAAAUACUUAGAAAAAAUUGAAGACCCCAAUAAUCAUGAAGGAGUAAAUUAUGACUUGCCCGAAAGCCCAACUCCCUUACAAAUUUCUAAGUUUAAAUUAUGUAAAAAAAUGUUGGCUUAUCAAUUAGAAACUAAUUCGUCUGAUAAAGAAAUCGCCGACAGAAUUGAUUUAAGCGUAGCUGAAACUCGUGAUAUUCUUUUCUGUUGCAUCGAAAAAUUUACUCUUGACAGACUAUUGACCUAUGUUAAUACUAUCACUAAAGAGUUAAUCCUAAAAAUGUUAGAGAAAAUGGAUAAACAAAUCUUAAAGCCUCUUGAAUAUUAUGAAGAACAAGUUUCUCAAUCAAAACAAGAGGAGAGGGAAUUGGUUUCUUCCUCCCAAGAACAAGAACAAUCAAUUCA